GAGCUUUAUAAAACCGCCUCGACUCCAGAAAAAGGAAAACACUCCUGAAAAGACAGACAGCAGCUGACACUGACCAGGACACCUCCGGGAACCCCACCGAGCUCACCGUGUAACCUCACCUCUGUACCGGAGCUGACCGAGCAGACAGUCCGGUUAUUGUUGACGUCGCCAGGUCUCUGUCGGUUAAAAAAAGAGCAGGGGAGGGGGACGCUGUUGCCUGCCGCUGGAUCUCUAGACUGCAACGUAUCUGCGCAGCACACAGCAACGAACAGGCUGAAAAACAUCGUAUCAGUGUGAACCAAAAUGCCGUUUUCCGUUAACGGCAUCCUUUGCACGCUCGCGCUGCUGGUCCUGUGGAGGGCGGAGGAGCUCGCGGAGGCGUGCAGCUGCGCUCCGGUACAUCCGCAACAGGCGUUCUGCAACGCCGACGUAGUGAUUCGAGCAAAGGUGGUGGGGGAGAGAGAGGUGGAUUCAGGGAACGAUAUCUAUGGGAACCCCAUCAAGAGAAUCCAGUAUGAGGUCAAACAAAUCAAGAUGUUCAAGGGGCCUAACCAGGACAUCGAGGCUGUCUUCACCGCUCCUGUGUCUGCCGUCUGUGGUGUUACCCUGGAUGCCACCGGCAAGAAGGAAUACUUGAUCUCAGGCAAGGCUGAGGCCGGUGGGCGCAUGCAUGUGACCCUGUGCGAUUACAUCAUGCCCUGGGACUCUUUGAGCACCACCCAGAAGAAGAGCCUCAGCCAGCGUUACCAGAUGGGCUGUGACUGCAAGAUUGUGCGCUGUCCCUCUCUGCCCUGCGAGAUCUCAGCUCCUGAGGAGUGCCUGUGGACGGACCUGAUGAUCGAGAAGCAGGUGCAUGGACGCCAGGCCAACCACUACGCCUGCGUGAAGAGGGCGGAUGGCUCCUGCUCCUGGUACCGUGGUGUCGCACCGCCCAAGAAGGAGUUCCUGGAUGCCGAGGACCCUUAGUCGCUCUGCGCGCCUGACUGCCCACUGCACAGCCUGACGAAAAUAAAUUUACUGCUUCUCUCAUUUUCUCUGCUUGGAACUGGUUGGCCACCGCUGACAUCAGACGCCCACGCCACGUUUUUUUUUUUUUUUUUUUUUUUCUAAUUUUUACUUGUUUCUUUAGAAAGAACAUGAUUCAUCUUGCAUGGCUGAUAUUUUCUGGUUUCAUUCAGUGAAAAUCUUUUUUUUUUUUUUUUUUAACUGCAGCCUGUGACCAUCACAGGCCUCACUGGACCAGUCUAUGCUGUGUGAAGAUGAGCGCUCUAAAUUUAAACCUGCUUGUGAGGUUUAAAAAAAAAAAAACCUCCUCACUGCCCCACAGUCCAAUCAGAAAUACUCCAACUUUCUCACUCCUCCUCCUACUCCUUUCUUCUUCAGAUCUUCACCUCUCUCCCGUUAUCCCCACUAUGUAGCUGUACAGUACCUAUGCAUAUACUUUUGUUGUUACUUGAUAAUUAUUAUUUACUGCAUUAGAACUAGAUUUGCACUUUUUGAGGAUGAGUUCCAGUAAAGACAAGAGCCUGAACACUCUGAUGUGACAGUUAUUAUCUUUCGCCCAGACCGACAGAUCCACCUCAGGUGCAGAUUUUUCACAUAUUUUGAGUGCUUUUGGUGAUCCAUAUUCACAAACGCAAGCUUACUCUUGCUAUCUUUCUCAUAACAGAUAAAUAGUACUUGCAGUGAAAGGAAAAACAAAAAAAGUGGCGUGUGAGAGGUUUGGAUAUAAGGGAUCUUUUUGCAGAUUUUAUGUGUGAAAGAGAAACAAAAAAGAGCUUGUGGGAUGUUAUUUCAGUGUCUUUGUAUUAUCUGUUGAUUGUAAAUGCAAACAGCAGUUUCAUGAUUUGCCAAUAUAUUCUCGCGGACAUUUCAUCUCAUGAGUAAUAAGGUCUUUACUCGCUUAAUGUUAGCUUUGACUCGUCUUUUCCUGCUCCUUCCAGUUAUUAAUGAAAGCUUUAUCGCUGUCCUAGAAAGCAAGUUACUCAAUUGAAGUUUACAGUGCUGUUUUAUACACCUCAAGCUACAUUAACAAAAAAAAUAUAUAUAUGAUGGAGUAUUAGAGGCAUAAUUUAAAAGUAAACUCUUUCCAUUUUCCAUUACUUUGUAUUUUUUCAGUGUUAUUAUUAUACCUGUCAUGAUUUUUGUGUGUUUUCGCUGUCUAUGUCUAUGAUGUCUUUAGCUGUAGUGUUGAGUUGAGAAGGUCCUCUUGCGCUGGAGUAACGUGAGAGUGAGAGAGAUGAAUCCUUUUUGGAGAGAGAAAUGAGAAAUGGGUACCUUGUGUGAAUAGAGGACUGUGCAUGUGUUUAAUGCUUUGUGUAAGUCCGGGCGAAGGACAAAAAUAUUCAGUAUUAUCAAAUAAAAACCACACGUUUGAAAGAAUAAA